AUGCGUGAAGAUAAAGAAAAUAUUGUUGUAAGAGUAGCACAAACUCCAGUAGCAAGAGGAGAUUUUUCAGAAAAAGCAGGGUAUAUAAGUAAUUUACAGAAACAAGAUGCGGUAGGAUUUUCAAGGACGUCAUUUGUUACUCCUCUUGGACCUCGCCAAAUUCUUGGAGGCAAAGACACAAAUGUUAAAAAUAUGGCUGUUUCUGUAUUAGGGGAAAAAUCGAGCUUAUUAAAUACUAAUCGGUUAAUUAAAAAUAAAUGUUUAUAUGCAACAUCUACAAAAAAAACAGAAAACAAAUCAAUUCAUAAAUCUUUACAUGAAAAAAAUACUAUUGUCAAUCCUUUUAAAUUAAAUGAGUCAACAUUAAUAGAAAAUUUUGAAAAAGUUUCGGAUCCAGAAUAUAUGCCUCCUAAACCAAAAUCAUUGGAGGAGAAUAUUCCUGGAUUUUCACCCGUCGACUUGUCAACAUUGCAAGUAUGGCCGCUUUAUAAAUCCUAUUUUAAUCGGCUAGACGAUCAAGGUCAAAGUGAAUUAGAAAAAAAUCAACAAGCUAUCCUUGGUGAAUCAUCUUGGAAAUUAAUUAAUUCUCCAGUUCAACCAUCAGAUAUUUGUAUUAAAAAACAACAAAAAUCUAUUACUAAAUUAUAUGGCUAUCAAAAACCAACUCUGUCUUUUCAACGUAAAUCUAAUACAAAUCUUUUAUCUAAUUUUACUCAAAAACCUGAUUUUAUUAAUCUUCAAAAACAAUUUGAUUUAUCUUUAAAUGAUUUUGGUUUAACACAAAACGAAAUCAAUCCUCUUGAUGAUUCUUUAAUCUUAGAGGAUCCUUUUCCUUUUGAAUUUUAAUUAUUUGCUUACUCAU